AUGGCCUCCAUCUCCGAGCUCGCCUGCACCUACUCCAUCCUUGUCCUGCAUGAUGAUGAGGUGACCGUGAUGGAGGAUAAGAUCAAUGCCCUCAUUAAAGCAGCUGGUGUCAGUGUCGAACCUUUCUGGCCUGGCUUGUUUGCAAAGGCCCUGGCUGAUGUCAACAUCAGGAGCCUCAUCUGCAAUGUAGGGGCUGGAGGCCCUGCUCCUGCAGUGGGCACUACACCUGCAAUUGGCCCUGUGCCCUUCACCACUGCUACGCCAGCUGAGGAGAAGAAGGUGGAAGCAAAGAACAAAGAAUUGGAGGACUGA